UUUUUAAAUUCCGUCACUUCUCAUUCGACAUCAUUUUUCGUUCCCAGCAGUUCAAAAUUAUUUCAUUUUCUCAGUUAAUUUCUUCCUUCAAAAUGAGUGGAGUUCUGUUAAAAUUUCUGCCCAGAAACAAGUUGCUGCAUCAAUCACUAAACUUCUGCAGAGGAAUGGCCAAAAAGAAGGACCAAAGUCAAGGCACCGAAAAGGGCAAGAAAACCUGUAAUAAGAAUCAGUUCUUUGGCGGCUGCUUCAAGAAGUCUGAACCAUUUAGGAGGGAAAACAAGAAGGAAAAGAGCAAGCGCUGUCGGGAUCCUUGCAAAGAUGGACCCUGUCGCCCCGAGAAAUAGGAUGAAUUCGUAAAAACUGCAAUUACAACUAAGGUCACCCUAUCCUCGUUUAGUUUCCAUAUCCAUUGAAAGUUCCCUAUAUACAAUGGCUGCGUUGAAUAGAAUAUACCAACACUGAUUCUAAAAUUUAA